AUGGUGAUCGGCCUGCUGGCCAUAACUGCCAUUCCCACCGUCACUGGCAUAGCCCUCGGAUGCAGCGAACAACGAAAACAGAACAAGAAAGAAGAUGACGAGAAGCGCAUGGCAAAGUUCUAUACAGAUGUGGAAUGUUUCGAGGACGAGGAGCUGCAUGGGAAGAGAGUUGUAUUGAGAGAUAACAAGGUAUACAUCGAUGACCCCUCCCCCGCAAAGCGCAAAGCCGAAGCGCACGCCGGACAAGCGUUUUACAUCGAUUACCCUGAGCCAGACCACAUGAAAGACCUAAAGCGCGGGUUAGGCCUCGUCACGACGAUACAGGAUAAUCCACCGAUGCUGAAUUGGAUAUACGCGGAUAAGGAGACCCACGAGCUAAAGUACGGGAAUCGGACGCAGAGUUGCGAGCAUAUACCGGGGCCGUGGGAUUGGAAAGAGGAUGAGACGACAAUUACCCUAGAGCGGCCGUCUAGAGGGUUUUAUGCGGUGAAGGAGGAGGAUGGGAGUUGGGCGGUUUACUUUGAUAGGGACCGCGAUGAGUUACGAUGGGCUAUGAAGGCGGCGAGGAGAAGGAAGGCGGUUGUCGUGCCUAUACAGUUGAAGAGGUCUUUGGUUGAGAUAGAACGGGCUCCGCCGCAGGCGCAGGCGCAAGGCGGUGGUGAUGGUGAGAAAAGAGAAGGGGGUUCAUAG